AUGGGUCGCGUUCUGCAGAAAAAGAAGAAUCGCUCUUCGGCGCCGAAGCAGAAGCCCAAGAGAUCCGGACAGCUGAAGAGCGGCAAGAAGAAGAUCAACGUGCUGGGCAAUGCCAUUAUCGCUGAAAACUGGGACCGGAAAUUGACCCUGACCCAAAACUACUGCCGUCUGGGACUCGUGCAUCGCCUCAAUGCUCCCUCUGGAGGCAGUGAAAAACGUGUGACCAAAGAUGGUAGCAUCGAGGAAGUCCCCGAGGACUCAUUGCACAUCAAGGGCAGCGCCACGGCUUCCGCGAAGCAGGCUGCUAUGGGAGAGACAAGGGUAGAACGCGACCCGGAGACCGGCAAGAUUAUUCGUGUGAUCCACGACGAUGACGAGAUUGUGGUCGGCGGCCGCAAGCUGAAGAAAUCGAACCCGCUCAACGACCCCCUGAACGAUCUAUCAGACGACGAAUCUGCCGGAAUACAAUCGCAACCACGAUCCAAGUCUACUAGUGCGAUUGUUCAACAGCUCGAGCGCCAGGCUGACCAGGAAGGACAGGCGGUCAAAUCGAAGAAGCCCCGCCACCAGAGCAAGCGGGAAGAGGAAUGGAUCACGAGACUGAUCGAACGCCAUGGGGAAAACUAUAGCGCCAUGGCUCGCGAUAGAAAGCUGAACCCGAUGCAGCAGAGCGAGGGGGAUUUGAAGCGGAGGAUUCGCAAGUGGAAGGCUAGCCACUCCGCAUGA